AUGAACAAAUUUUAUAUCCAAAUCGUUUUUUUUCUUUUAAGCAUUUUCGUAUAUGUGAAUAAUAAAGCAUUUGCAACCGACCCUGCUCCAAUAAAACAUACAACCAAACCCAAAACUUAUUGUUCUACUCUAGAAGAAAUAUAUGAAAAAAACAAGCACCUAUUAUGUAGCAAUCCAGAAGAAACUACAAAAGCACAAGAACUUAUGACCGAGGCUGUAAAAUGUUUAGAAAAACAUGCUACAAGUAAAAAUGAUUAUACAUCUUAUAGAACAGAUCCUUCUCUUCGUAUCUCUUUAUAUAAAAAAAAGCAUAAAGACGAGACAGAUAUUGAAAAAGUUUUUUAUACAGAUUAUGAUCCCAAUAAGUAUGAUGAACUAAUAAACGAGAUAUGGGAUCCUAAACAUGAAAGUCCUUUCAAUAACGGCUCUGUUAAAAUUGUCCGUGUGUACGAUCCAAGUUUAGUAAUAAUACAACAACGUUACGACAAAAAAAUUCUAUCUCGUCAGAAAUAUUUUUAUGCUUUAGUCAAAAGAGCUCAAAUAUCGGAAAACAAAACUAUAAUUGUCAUGACUUCAGCAAAUAUAAAUGAUCACAACCCUUCCGAGGACGAGUAUCAAAACAAAAUAAUAGAAAACGCAAACUUAUUCAAAAUCGACAUUGAUUCUGAAGAUGAUAUUAGAAAUGGAACAUUAAAAAAAGCGUUUGUUAACAUAGCAGGAUACCUCAUUGAAAAAAAAAACGAUAAAUCUGAAAUCACCUAUAUCGAAUCUAUCGAUGGACAUGCUACCAUUUAUCAAGAAUUCAUUGUUGGAAAACUUUUUGAUUAUUAUUUCGUUCGUAAAUAA